GGCCGAGGAGGGUCAGUUUGGUUAAAAGGGUUUGGUUUGUCUGUCAACGCUACGGUAGUGUGCCGCUGCGGAGGUGCGACCAUGGCUGAGCCGGAGUCUCUGAGGUGCUCCAGCGUCAGGAACCGUGGAGGCGUCCAGAGAGUCGAAGGGAAACUGCGAGCCAGCGUAGAAAAAGGAGACUACUAUGAAGCUCACCAAAUGUACAGAACUUUAUUUUUUAGGUAUAUGUCACAGGGAAAACACGCUGAAGCCAGAGAGCUGAUGUUCAAUGGGGCUCUUCUCUUCUUCAGCUACAACCAGCAAAACAGUGCAGCUGAUCUGUCCAUGCUGGUGUUGGAGGUUUUGGAGAAGUCCGACACAAAGGUAGAAGAUGAAAUAUUAGAAAACCUGGCCAAGCUGUUCAGCCUGAUGGACCCAAACUCUCCAGAGAGAGUUGCGUUUGUUUCCAGAGCCCUGAAAUGGUCUACAGGAGGAUCUGGCAAGUUAGGUCACCCCAAAUUCCACCAGCUGCUUGCUGUCAUCUUAUGGAAAGAACAAAACUACAGCGAGUCUCGGUAUCAUUUCCUGCAUUCAUCUGACGGGGAGGGCUGCGCUCAGAUGCUAGUAGAGUAUUCAUCGUCGCGAGGCUACCGCAGCGAGGUCGACAUGUUUGUGGCGCAGGCCGUCCUUCAGUUCCUCUGCCUAAAGAACAAAAACAGCGCUUCCGUGGUGUUCAGCACAUACACAGAGAAACACCCGUCCAUAGAGAGGGGCCCUCCUUUCGUCCAGCCUCUACUAAACUUUAUCUGGUUUCUGCUGCUGGCAGUGGAAGGGGGUAAAUUAACAGUUUUCACAGUGUUAUGUGAGCAAUAUCAACCUUCCCUGAAAAGGGAUCCCAUGUAUAAUGAGUAUCUCGACCGAAUAGGACAGCUUUUCUUUGGAGUCCCACCCAAACAGUCUCCAUCGUACGGAGGUCUGCUGGGGAACCUGCUGAACAGCCUGAUGGGUUCUGGCGAAGAAGACGAUGUUGCUGAAGAAGCCCACGAGGACAGCAGCCCCAUAGAACUGGACUGAGCCCACAGACCACGACGAGGAGAACAAACGCAUAAGGAGAAAACAAAUCAGAAGAGGGAAGACCAUUCCGCCUCCCUGCUGCCCCUUAGCUAACAGGGUCAGGUCGAGGCGCUGGUCUGCGUUUUCAGAGGCGGGCUGCUUGACAAAAAGUCCCACCAUCCCCAAACAGUUCACAGCAAAACCAGAACAAUUAUCAUUCCGCCAAAACAUCCCCCGUCGGCUCCCUGUGGACCAAGCGGGCCAAACCACAACCUCUCCUCCUGUUGAACUGUUGUACGAAUACAUUUUAUCUUUAACCAUCUUUUGUUUUUGGUAGUUUGGGACUAUUGCUUGCUGUUUUAAGUGUGUAUGAUGCACAGAUAAACUGUCCUCUCCCUGUAACAUCCUGCUUCAAGGAGGAUGGAAUGAUGGACGUCUACGCGGGGAGGACGGCGUCACAAGUGCAACAACCCUGCUCAGUGUAAGGGUUUAGUGAGCUCACUACAGAUUUCAAAGUGUUUGGUCGGUCAGCCUCGGAGAGCUCCAUCAGGAGCCAAGGUCCAGCUGUUGAUGACUUUUUUUUUUCCAACAAGUGUAUUCCGUUAUGUCUCUCUUCUGUCAGAUGUAAAUUAAAACGUACUUAUAGCCAUUGCUGUGUGUCAGCGUUUCGUCUCUAGUUUCAUCGACACGCCAGAGAUUAUGUUAGAACUUGAAUAUCUACGGCCUGCAUCAUUUCAUUCACAGUCACCGUAAGUUCCUGUUUUUACGAGUCCAACUGCUCAAUUUGAGCUUUGGGUCAUUUUCAAAACCUUUGGUCAGACCUCAAAUCUAAACAGUGUUUGAUUCAGACUGUUUAGAGUCAAACAGUGUGAGCAAAAUAAAACACUAAAAAGA